UAUGAGGCGCGUUCGAGCUCAGUCGUGUUUGGAGAAUUGUUGGAUGUUGGUGGUCGACCUUCCGAGGAAAAGUGUGUGAGAGAGAUAGCCGAGGUUGAGAGCCCAGUUGGGGAUGCUAUUUUGAGCACUGAAGAACAACCAGUUGAUCUUGGGAAACCACCUGUAAGAAGUGUGCUAGUAGGGUUGGGGGUGAGUUUUUUUUUUGUGUAAAGGCAGCAAGUUGCCAAGGUUCGUCCCGCGUUGGGAACAGAAAGGAAGCAACUGGUAGUGAGAAAGUGGUUAAGAUGUAGAUAUCCACAGAGACAUGAAGUUCCUAAUACGGUCGCUGAGAUGAAGUCCUCCUCCGGUGGCAGAAGUGUGGAAAGAAUUGUGGCAAGUUGAUGAUUUCUGUGUGUACCGUCCUCAGAGAGGAAGUGGAUACUUAGCACCGAAAUGGUCCAGAGGCAAAUGACGGAAAACGAGUUGUCGAGUGGAGUGUAGUCGAAGUGAACAAUACGACGGUAGUAAGCCAUUCUACGGGGUUCCUCUAGACGAGAAUUGUGCGUGUGUAAGGAGUUUUAUCCCCAAAAACGGAUCCUUUUCUAAACUGACACAUUUUCUGCGAUAAUUGAGUUUACGUGCGCGAUUGGGAGAAAACAGAUUUUUUUUAUGGGAUGGGGUUUAUUUAUAGAACCUUCGGGACGAGUUCGACUGCAGGAAAUUUGAUUUUCGACGCAGGUAACGAACCAGAAAAGGCGAAGGUCUUGAACACUGGAAAACAGCGUACCACGUGAAUCAGUAUCUGGGAGAAUAUUUAAAUCCCCUUUCCGGUGGGUAGGAAGUGCUUACAGAACCAAAGUGACACAGUUGUGAGAAGAUUGUUAUUAUUGGGAAAAAGGUAGUACAGGAACAGACAGAACAGUGAUCCUAUAGAGAAGGAGAAACCAUCCCUUGAGAACAAGUUCGAUAAAGAAGGUUCGGCCGGUCCUUACAGCUCGCAGCAUCCGUGGUGAAACGUUUUAACUGUGGUGCUUCUGCCUUGUGGCGUGACGCAGUCAUAUUUUUGGCACAGCUAAUUGGAUCAAAAUCAGCGCGAGGAACAAUAGACCCGAAAGAAACAAAUCAUUUCGCUUUCAAGAAGCGUGCCAGAGCACUCACACACACAAACCGUAAAUAAGAGAGCAAGCGUGAGAUAGGAGCACAAAGAGAAGGAGAAGAACAAGUUUCAAGUGUGAGUGUGAGUGCGAGCGCGCCCUGGCUAAAUUUCCUCCCCAGCACACACUCACACAGAUCUAGCGUGCCCAUUGGUGACCCGAAGACAGAGAGCGAAUCCGCCGGGGUCCCCCUCCCCGUGUGUAGAAGAGAACAUGAAACAUGGCAAAACUUCGUCAUUACAGCGAAACAAAAAUUAAAAACCGACCAAAUUGAUCAACACGUCGUCGACUUCUGCUACUGUAUAUCACUACAACUACUGUUUCUUCUAUCACCACUGUUACUACUACUGCUACUGCUACCACUACUUCUGCUCACAGCCUCGAUUCUUCUCGCAAGCGUAAAGUUCACUUACUGCUACAUCACAGACACAGUUUGGCCAGUACCAGCUACACCAAGACCAUGACGGCGAUAUGCUUCGUCUGCAAUCUGCCUAUCAUGUCUCACCAGGUGGGACUGGUCUGGCAGGGCGGCAAUGGCUGGGACGAUCUCGUACGAGAACAGGUCGAAGAGUCCACCGUACGGCAACGACUUGGUGGACGAAGGGAUUCAGCUGCGCAGAUCAGUGGUGCAACACCUCCUAGUACCUCACCGCCGCCUGGUGCCCAACGUCGCCGUCGCAGUUCGCUCGCCCAGCUAACGGACAUACUGCGCGAAUGGAGCGGUGGUGGUUCGAAGCGACAGAAAGCUCCGCUCAAUCGGCGCGAAACGUUAGCUGACCUGGCGCGAAGUCUGCCCUGGAGCAAAGCCAAUACCGUAGAUAGUUACAACAACAACAGCAGCAACAAUACCUCGGGUCAUGCACCGCCGCUGCGCAAACGGCGCGAAUCCAGUGCCGAUUCCGGCGUCAAGAGCAUGUCCUGCCGCAAGGACUCGUACGUUGCGGACUUUCGUGACUUCCGCGAGCGAGAACGUGAGCUGGAUCGCGAGCGGGAACGCGAACGAGAACGCGAAAGAGCUCGGGAACGCGAACGCGAAGAGUACAUCUACAAUGCGGACAGUUAUCGGAAUGGCUCCCGUCGCAAUUCGAACGACUCCAGCCGCGAUCGGUCAUCGCGCCGGGACUCCACCAUCGGAGGAACGGCAACGCCACCACCGCCCAAAGUAGUCAGCACCCAACGGAAGCAGCAGAAUCGGAAGGAUUCCCUCACCGUAACGGAAAUGCCCAACUUCCGCCAGGAGCAGCGCCCGUCAACUAGCUCCACAGCGUCCGAUUCAGCACCCCUCUAUAUGCCCGUUGGCCAGGUGGAUUCCGCCUGCCAGUCCAUCCAGCCCCCGACCAUAAUCACCAGCUCGGUAACGCCCCCAG